UGGAGCGGAGGGUCCCGCUGCCGCUGCCGCUGCCGCCGCCUCCGCGCCCGCCAUGGCCGGCCGCCCCCGGCCCGCCGCCGAGCCCGGCCGCCCGCCGCCCGCCGCGCCCAGCAACUUUGAAUCUCCACUGAUGCAUGAAGUCCCAGAGCACCAAGGCAGCAGCACAAACAGUUCGGCAAGCAGUUUGGGAAGCUCUGUCACAGCAUGUAAGAAGAUUCUCUGCAGUAACAGUCUGCUAGAAUCAACAGACUACUGGCUGCAGAAUCAGAGGACACCAUGCCAAAUUGGCUUUCUGGAAGACAAGUCAGAAAGCAACUGUGCCUCAGUUUGUUUUGUGAAUUUAGAUGCAAACAGAGAUGACUGCAGCGAUGAGCAAGUGAAACAGAGGUUGAUCAGCGUCUCUCCAAAUCUCCCCAAACUCAUCAGUUCGAUGAACGUACAGCCACCAAAGGAAAAUGAAAUAGUCCUGCUGAGUGGAUUAGCAUCAGGAAACCUUCAGGCUGAUUAUGAAGUUCCCCAGUGUCCUUGGCUGGCAGAUGUCUGCUUGGUUCAAUGUGCGAGGGGGGACAGGAAAAACAGCGCAAGCUGCAUCAUUUUUGAAAUAAACAAGUUUCUGAUUGGACUUGAGCUCGUUCAGGAAAGGCAGCUGCAGAUAGAAGCGCAUGUCUUAAAGCCUGAGGAUGACACAAACUGCUCAGUGUCUUCAAUAGAAGAAGAUUUCCUCACAGCAUCUGAGCACCUUGAGGAUGACAACGAGGGUGAUGAAUAUAAAACUGGUCAUGAAAAAGUAAGUGUUUCAGAAGCAUCUUCAGAUGUCAAAAAAAAUAAAGGAAAGGGAUUUGAAAAUCUCCACUACAGAAAAGCCAGGUUGCCAUGCAUUCUUGAAGGGAACUGCAUUAAUAAAGAUAAUGCAGCUACUAGAGUCUCUGAAGCUGUGAAUGUUGUGGCUGAAGAUGGCAUCUUACAACCUGAAGAUAAGUCAGACCAGGAAAUACUGUGGCAGAAGGAAUUAGCUCGAAGAGCUACUUCAUCCUUUAGUACUACUAAUUUGACUGGCGAGGUUGAAAUUUCCUGCUCAGCGCACAUGUUAGAAGAUGUACCUUUAACCAAAAUGGCUAAAGAGGAGCUGGGGCCUCUGUAUGACCCAACAGGAAAACACAGCAGUAAGACAGAUGGAGAGGAUUGUGCAAGUAUCAGGAAAACUGAUCCUCCCUUGCAAAAUGAGCAGGCAACUACAGGUCAGUAUGCCACAAAUUUAGCAGAAUCUGUUCUGCAAGAUGCGUUCAUUAGACUAUCACAGUCUCAACCCACUUUUAGUGAGGAGGCUGCAGUCAGCAUCUCCGUAGGAAGCUCCUGUAAGUCAGAAGACGUAUCUGCUUACCGAUCGUGGAAUGAACUUCCGAAGAUCGUCAUAGUGCAAAGUCCAGACAGUUCUGAGAAUGUAUCUGACUGGCCAGGGUCUGCGUUCCCCAACCUGUGCCACUGGACUGAAUCAGGAAGUUCCGCUGAAGUUUCGGAUUACUUUGAGGAAGAACAUUCAAACGGACACAGCCAGAGCGCACUGGAAGUGGCGCUGGCUUGUGCAGCCACUGUUAUUGGAACCAUUUCCAGUCCCCAGGCUGCAGAAAAAUUCAGAGGGGAUCAAGAAGCCACAGACUCUAAAAGCGGAACGGUUGAUAGUGAGGACCUACACACAGCAUCUUCACAGCUACUUGAUGACUGUGCUAGCACAGAAUAUUCAUUUCCAUCUGCACUGUGUGGCAUGACUCAAGUAGCAAGUGCUGUAGCUGUCUGUGGUCUGGGGGAAACAAAGGAAGAGAAGUACCCUGCAACUUCGAGCGGACUUCUGUCUGCUGCUCAGACUUCUGCAGCCAUUACUCUUCAUUGUAGCAUAGCUAUAGGAAGCAGCAUGGAGAAACUAAAUGAUAGCAUUGCAGAAGCACUUCUCAAAGAGGCAUCAAUAAUUUUGACAAAACCCAACACAUACAAAAACGUAGGGCAUUUUAUGGAAACCAUAAAUGGAAAAAUUAUUGAAACAGCAGCAAGGCCACGGAUUCCACACACUGAUGAAGUAAUCAGGGAUGAACUUGCACAAAACUUAUCCAAUAUUAUUCUACGACAUUCUAUUGAAGAGGUUAGGAAGAAGAGACAGCUACACCCCUGUUCAGAAAACAGCUCAAGUACGCAAGACAUUUUCAUGGACACUGCAAACGAGUUGCUUUUUAACAUAAUGUAUUUCACUUUCAAGAAGAUGAAUGACAUAAGACAAGUUGAAGAGUGUUCUCCCCUCUUUUCUGAGGGCACAAAAGUAGAGAAAGUAACAAGAGCAGAAGGAUGGUCAACACAGGCAACUGCAUGUGAAACUCCACGCAGCCCCCUUGAUCACUCUGCUGUUCAGCCAUUUGGUACAUCCUACAGCACUAGGGCUAGCAAAGAUCUUGGAAAUGUCACAAACACUAGGAAAAGUAAUGUGAAAGAUGUAAAUAGCAAGGAAAGUGCCACACUGAAUUCAGAACCAACAAGUAGAGCUACAGGGCAUAACACGCUUGUUGCAAAAACAUCUCCCAAGAAAAGAUACCUGAAAAGAACCACACGAGACUGUUACAAAUCCCCAAAUCAGAGUAACAAUCAUCAUCAGAAGAAAGACUACAGAUCAUUUUCAGACAGAGAAAAUACCUUUGCAAACAAUGAAUGCAGGCAUGGUGUUCAAGAACGGCUGUCUUCCAGUGCCACCAUAAAUGCAGAAAACCAGGCCAAGCAUAAGUGUGAUGCUGUGCUAAAUAAUGAUGUUCAGGUUAGCUUGUCUUUAUUAGGAAAUCAAGUCUUGCUUCCUUCUCAGCCUGUGCUUCAGGUGAAACAUUCAAGGGACAAAUAUUGUAUAACAGAUUUUGCAGAAGAAUUGGCAGAAACAGUUGUCUCCAUGGCAACAGAAAUAGCUGCCAUUUGUCUUGAAAAUUCAAAUGGAAAGCAACCCUGGUUCUGUGCAUGGAAGAGAGGCAAUGAAUAUCUGGUGACCCAGAGCUUAUCAUGCAGAACCAUGAAAAGGAAAAAGGAAACCCACGCUAAUGGUUCAGUUGUUCGGAAGCACAGGGCACCUAGACUUAGUGAGAUAAAAAGAAAAACAGAUGAGCAUCCUGAGCUAAAGGAAAGGUUGAUGAAUCGAGUAGUAGAUGAAUCCAUAAACCUUGAGGACACACCAGAUUCAGUCAGUAUCUUUGCAAAUGAAGUGGCUGCCAAGAUCAUGAACCUCACCGAACUCUCCAUGGUUGAUAGCAUCUGGCAAGGUCCAAACCAUCCCAGGAAUAGGCUGCACUGUGAAAGAUGGAGCCGAGCCAAGGCCUCAAGCUGUGAGAGCAUACCAGAGGAGGACUCAGAUUCGAAAGCCUCUUUCAACACCCUAGGCCUAAUGAACACCUUUGGUCAGCCUGUGAGCCAGACAAGUUCUGUCUCAAAGCAGUCUAGUUGUGAAAGUAUUACAGAUGAAUUUUCAAGAUUUAUGGUGAACCAGAUGGAAAAUGAAGGAAGAGGUUUUGAUUUAUUACUGGAUUACUAUGCAGGAAAAAAUGCAAACAACAUCUUAACUUCUGCUUUGGAACAGGUAGCCAAGAAAAACGGUCACCUUAAUGUAAGACCAAGUUGCCCAUCCAAACAGUCCAGCACAGAAAGUAUAACAGAAGAAUUUUAUAGGUAUAUGCUAAGAGAAAUAGAAAAGGAAAAUAAAGAUAACAUAUCUUCACCUCAGAAUUCAAAGGACUGGUGUGGCAAUUUGCUGCCACCCUCUCUACGAUCACCUUUUUGCUUUAGGCAAUCAUCAAUGCCUGACAGCAGAUCAUCGGGCUCUAGGCUAACAGUUAAUGUUCCAGUUAAGGCAAAUUCAUUAGAUGGAUUUGCCCACCAUCACCAAGAUUCCUUAAGUGUACAGCCAGUCAGUACUGUGGCUUCUUCAGGUCUUUGCAAGUCUGACUCAUGCCUGUACCAAAGAUGCAAGACUGACCAGAUAACAGAUAUGUUGAUUCAUGAGACGUGGGCAAGUUCUAUUGAAUCUCUAAUGCGCAAGAACAAAAUCAUAGCAGGUGAGGCAGAGGCUGCAGAGGCAGACCAAUUUCACAGUGAUUCCCCACCACACGUGGAACAAUAUGCAAACAGACUGGCUGCAAAUAUUGUCGAAAGUGGUAAAAAUUUAACUGUUGUCCAGCAGGAUUCCUUUGAUUAUACAAGCCAAGCUCAUGUGCUGGAAAGCAAACAUCCCCAAAGGGCAACUCGGAUUAAAUCAAAACCCAAAAGGGAUGGAGUAAAUUUGGAUGAGGAAAAAGAGCAUACGAAGAGCCCUGGAUGCCUCCCUGCAGGUCAGCACAGGGAAGUGCCUUUAAUUCAGAUAGAAACCGAUCAACGAGAUGAGACAGGUAAAGACUUGGAGUCCUUAACUUCAUGUGGCCCUUCUGAAAAGGAGCAUCAAAGCAAAGAAAAGCCUCCAGAAGCUUUUGGUGGGAAACACAUGGUUUCCAGUUCCCUGCAAAAUAGCAACAGUCCUCAGAGCAGACCAGAUGCUGAAAUCACAGGAGAGACAAAAACAGCUGAAGAAUUUCCAAACCAUCUCAGCAGCAGUGAAGAAAGCACUGGCAGCUGGUCCCAGCUAGCUAACGAUGAGGACAAUCCUGAUGACACAAGUAGCUACUUACAACUCAGCGAGCGAUCCCUGAGCAAUGGCAACAGCAGUACAACUAGCAGUCUUGGCAUUAUGGACCUGGAAAUUUAUCAGGAGAACGUGCCAUCUUCUCCUAUGAUUAAUGAAUUAGUAGAAGAAAAGGUUUUCCUUAAAGAACAGACAGAAAAUACAGAGGAAAGUACUUCUGGGCUUUCAGUGGGAACAGCUAAUUGUCAAAAGGACCUGCUGGUAAUAAACUUUGAUCUGGAACCAGAGUGCCCCGAUGCGGAGCUGCGAGCCACCCUGCAGUGGAUAGCCGCUUCUGAACUUGGAAUUCCAACCAUCUAUUUUAAGAAAUCUCAGGAAAACAGAAUUGAAAAGUUUUUAGAUGUUGUGCAAUUAGUUCAACGGAAGUCCUGGAAGGUGGGGGAUAUCUUUCAUGCCGUGGUGCAGUACUGCAAGCUCAGUGAGGAAGGCAGAGAGAUGACACCAAGUCUGUUUGAUUGGCUUCUUGAAUUGGGUUAAGAAAGUUCACCUGUUCAGCAUUUUUGUUUUAUUCCAGUUUAAAUAAGCAGUAGUUUGUGUAAUGCUCCGAUUUCUGAACAUCACUGAAUAAAAUGAGCAACAACAUACAAACUCUACAGAAACAGCACACGUCCGUUCCACAACUGAACAAGGAGCAAAGUGAAACCAAGGUGUAUUGUAUCUUUCUGUAUCAUGAGGGACUCUUCACGUAUUGUGCUAUAGGAUGUACUGUACUAGGAGGGGAUGGAUUUUUAGCCUUCUGAAUGAGGGGACUACACAGUAAAAGCUUAAAUUAUCUAAUAUGUUCCAUUUUAUUCAGUUUGAUUAAAUCAAUCAGCUAAAAUGGGAUAGUACACUAACAUUCAGUUUUAAAACACCAAUAUUUGUACAGUUUAACUAUUAGAACUAGAGUUUGUUCCAGGAUGGCUGGAGACACUCACGUCCCUAGAUAAAGAAUUGAUCUUUUUUUUUUUUUUAAAUCCCCAUAGUCUGUUAAGGGGCAAAAAAAAACCCCCAAAAAACCCACACCCAAACUUUUGAACACUUAACACCUUUGCAGCUAGACAAUACAAUAAAAAGCUGCUGAAAACACAUUUUAGUUUCUUUCCAUGUGAUUAUUUCUCUUCCAUAGCUGUUCCUGAUUCCUGUCUUCUUCUCAAGGAAAUAAAAUCUAAACUCUCAGUUACUACCCUUAAAAACUUCAUUCCUUUUCACUUGAAGGCAAUGCAGUUCAGUCUAGCUACACCUGGCAUAUCCCUGAACACAGCUCUGCAAGUCAGGGCAGCAGGUUUCUAAUCCUGUCCCACCACACACCUGCCACGUGACCUUGGGCGAGUCAUUUCACCUCUGUGCCUCAGUGUGCCUACCUGGUAAGAGGGAGUAAUGAUAACACAAUCAUUACGUAAAGUGCUCCUGUUUAAAGCACUAUGUAACAUGCUACAUAUCAGUUAAAAGCAGUGAAAAAAAUACUAUUUUAAUUUUAAUCAAAUAAAUUGUUAAUAAGGUGAAGAAAUGCAUAUCUGAAAAGAGUACCAUCUCAUCAUAAAAAUCUUAAUUUUUUUAACUGACAAGAAAGCAAAAUGAUUGUUAAAAUUUCAGUAGACAUACUUGUUCAUUUUGGAUAUUAGUGUUUGGACUACAUGUGAUAGUUCACAUUACUAUAACAUUUAUAUAAUGGUUUGAUAAGAUAUACUAUGGUAUCGUCUUGUUGAGAUGAUCUGUUAGUAUCACGCACUUAACGAUACAUUCUCUUGACUCUGCCAAAGAGAUUGGUUUUGAAUUUAAAGGUAAAUAUAACUUAGCACUUCACAGCUCUUCCGUGAUUUGUUUCUUUAAAAAUAUUUAUCUUUCAUCUCUCCCUACCCAAAUCGCGUAGUAGAAAACCUGCCUGCUUUUCCCAAUAAAAUGUUGAAGAGAUGGUUUAUUUUCCAUAUAACAGUAUAUGCUUCUGUAAUAUUUCUUGAAAAAACCCAACCUAUCCUUUUGCACUAAAUAUUUUUGAAAAUUUUGAAGCAGUUUUAAAUAAUUUAUGAAAAAGAGCCAUAUUAUCAAUUUUAUCUUUAAAACAAUUCCUAAACUUGCAUGAUUGCAUCACUCAUUUGUUCUGAAAUAAAAACUGUUAGUGAAUCAAAAUCUAACAUGGAACAUUAAACAACAUGAGUAAUUCUACAUCUACUCCGCAGUAUAUACAAAACAGUGAAGGUCACUUUACUGUCAAGAUAAAGGUCGACUUAUUGCAUACUCUGAAUGUAACUGUGCAGUCACUGGGCCUGCUCCUAGGAAGUGCUGAACAUCCGUAACUCCCACUAACAUGAGUGGCAACUCUGAAUGCUCAGCAUUUCUGAGGCUGAAAGUCAAUAAAAAGCACCAAGUAUUAUAGACUUAAAGUGCUUUGUUUGAGUUAAUAAAUGGGAGUGUAUUUAUUUUUAAACCAAAUACAGUUAGUUGUCAGUAUACAAUUUUUUGCUGUGAUAGAAUAAAUGUUUACUUAUCCUACAAAGCACAAAUAUCAUGACAGAGUUGUAACAGUGUGAUGCAGUUUCUCUGUACAGUAGUUCUUAAUGUUGCAAUUUAUUCAGAAAUAAAUUUAUGUUAUAAUGUG